AUGCAAGGCAAAAGUCGCUUCCAUCGAUUGUCCAGAGCAGCAAAGGAAGGCAAGCAUGCGCCUCCUGCAGAUCUCAGAUUUCUCUGUAGACCUUUCAGAGAGAAGGAUGACCGCGGCGUCAGGUCAGAGAUUGUUUCCUUUCUGGAAAGCAUGUACCAGAGUGUUGCCGAGACACUGCCAGACGUGAGGGAUGAUCCCAUGGAGGAAUGUGAUGACCAAGUGAAGGUGAUGGUUUCUGCCAACAAUGAGACGGAGGACAAUUACGCCGCAGCUCUGAACGACGUCAAACCUUUCAAGGCCAGAACCACAAAGCCCAGGAAAUUCAAGAACUCGAUACAGAUUGUCCGUGCCGAGACGGACAUUCGGUAUUUACCGCCAGGCAACAUGAAGGAUUACUGGUUGCAACUUAAUGCGUCUCGAGCAGAUACUGCCAAGCCAAUUUCUUUUGCGCAAUUUUGGCGAGUUUGGUCUGGCGAGUUCAGCCACCUCAAGUUCCGGCAGCAGAGCAAUCAUGCACAAUGUUCAGAGUGUAUCAAACACAAACUGCUGGUGAGAGAACUGUCCCACCAUCAGUUGGCUAGAAAGGAGCAGGUUCGGCGUUACACCGAACACUUGCGAUCACAGUAUUAUGAUCGAGUUCAUUACUGGAAUUUGCGGGGAGCCAGCAGACUCAGAAACGGCGGGCACGUCAGCUGCAUAAUCGAUUCCAUGGAUCAAUCAAAAAGCAGCCUGCCGCGAUCAGACCUGUGUCGCGCAAAGGACCUGAGCACAUUGAUCAGACCAAAGUGCCACAUCACAACGGUGAUCUGCCAUGGGCACUUUGUGCUCAUGGUGCUGUCCAACCACGACAUGCCCAAGAAUUCGAGCGUCAUGGUAGAGAUCAUGGCUCAUUGUCUGUCACGGCUGAGUUCAACCUGCCGCCUAGCAGACGUCUCUCUGCACGUCCAAUCGGACAAUACAGUGAGAGAGAUGAAAAAUAAUCCGUUUAUCAAGUGGAUGGCAGCCAUGACUGGGCAAGGAGUGGUGCGGGAGGCAUCAUUGCAAAACUUGAGAAGCGGCCACUCUCACGAAGAUGUUGAUCAGCUGUUCGGCAGCUGUGCGACCUAUUUGGCGAGCAAAGGACGGCAUGCAGAGACGCCAGAAGACCUCCUCAAGUUGCUGGAGGCGUUCCUUCGCAACCUGCCGCGACCGCACGAAGCCGGAAGGUUUGUGGUGAAACUCGGCGGUGCUCGCGACUGGCAGCUCAGAUUCUAUUGUUGA